AUGGAAAUAGAAUGCAAACAUUGUUCUGAAAAGAGAUCCUUAGAUAAGUAUAAUAUACACAUUGGUCUGGUUAAUCAUGAUAAAAAGGUAAACCUAGAUAAUCUGUGUUCUUGUCAUGAAGAAAGGAAAGCAGGUAUCAGAUGUCUCACUGGAUCUCCACUCACUUUCGGAAUUAAUCUUGAAUUCAGUUGGAAUAAGCUGGUUGAGCACAUCAGUAUUGAGAGAAUACAGUCAAAACUUAUGGAAAGACAUACGCGUACAAGUGUACGCAGAUGGAACUUACUGGAGAUAAAUAGAAAUACGAUGAGUCAUGCAACUAAUUUCCCACUAAGCAGUAUGCAUAUAUCAUCAUAG